GGCGGCGGGGCGGCCGGGCAGUUGCCUUCUCCCGCGGUGGGCGCGCGGAACCCCGCGGGCCGACGGCGGCCGGCCGACGCCGAGACGCCCCUCGGGUGGCUUUAGCAUCCUGUUGCGCCGCGGCCGCCCCGCCGAUCGGGUUCCUUCAGGAGACUUCGACUUGUUCAAGAUGAGCUGGAGAAGAAUCACUAUUGGGAAUUGCGGAACACAGGACUCAAGGGUAGAGAAAGGGCUUGAGAGGAUCCUGGGAUAAUUCCUAGAAAGAGCAACUAUUUGCUGUUUAAACCCUGAAGACAGAACUUAUACCUGAUGGCCAAAAGAAAGGAAGGAAAUUUCUUCUCUCCUGGAAAUGCCAAAAGACCAAGACAAGAAGAGCUGGAUGAUUUUGAUAAAGAUGGUGACGAAGAUGAAUGUACAGUUUCUUUCACUAAUGGUACCUCUACUUUGACAGCAGCAGAAGUUGGAAUAAUUGAGAGUAUUCAGCUCAGAAACUUCAUGUGUCAUUCGAUGCUUGGACCCUUUAAAUUUGGUUCUAAUGUCAACUUUGUGGUUGGCAAUAAUGGAAGUGGGAAGAGUGCAGUACUCACAGCUCUCAUAGUUGGUCUUGGUGGAAAAGCAGUUGCUACUAACCGAGGAUCUUCUUUGAAAGGUUUUGUGAAAGAUGGACAGAACUCAGCAGAUAUCUCAAUAACAUUAAGGAACAGAGGGGAUGAUGCCUAUAGAGCCAGUGUGUACGGUGACUCUAUAAUUGUGCAACAGCACAUCAGCAUGGAUGGAAGUCGAUCUUAUAAACUGAAAAGUGAAACAGGUGCCGUGGUUUCCACUAGGAAAGAAGAACUGAUUGGAAUUCUUGAUCAUUUUAACAUACAGGUAGAUAAUCCAGUUUCUGUCUUAACACAAGAGAUGAGCAAGCAGUUCUUGCAGUCUAAAAAUGAGGGAGACAAAUACAAAUUCUUUAUGAAAGCCACCCAACUGGAACAAAUGAAGGAAGAUUAUUCAUACAUCAUGGAAACAAAAGAAAGAACAAAGGAACAGAUAAAUCAAGGAGAAGAGCGACUUACUGAACUAAAGCGCCAGUGUUUGGAGAAAGAAGAACGUUUUCAAAGUAUUGCUGGCUUAAGUACAAUGAAGACCAAUCUGGAAUACUUGAAACAUGAAAUGGCUUGGGCAGUGGUCAAUGAAAUUGAAAAACAACUGAAUGCUAUCAGAGAUAACAUCAAAAUUGGAGAAGAUCGUGCUGCUAGACUUGAGAGGAAAACGGAAGAACAGCAGGUCAGACUUAAUGAAGCAGAAAAAAAGUACAAGGAUAUUCAAGAUAAACUAGAAAAGAUUAGUCAAGAGACAAAUGCACGAGCACCAGAAUGUAUGGCACUGAAAGCAGAUCUUACUUCUAAGAAAAGGGCCUAUAAUGAAGCUGAGGUUUUAUACAACCGUUCCCUAAACGAGUAUAGAGCAUUAAAGAAAGAUGAUGAGCAGCUUUGCAAAAGAAUUGAAGAACUGAGAAAAAGUGCUGAUCAGUCUUUGGAACCUGAACGGUUGGAAAGGCAAAAAAAAAUAUCUUGGUUAAAAGAAAGAGUAAAGGUCUUACAGGACCAAGAAAGUUCAGUCAAUCAAGAGAUCGAACAAUUUCAGCAAGCCAUAGAAAAGGACAAAGAAGAACAUACCAGAAUUAAGAGAGAAGAGUUAGAUGUGAAGAAUACACUGAACUAUAAUCAGAGGCAACUGAAAGAAUUGAAAGAUAGUAAAACUGAUCGACUGAAAAGAUUUGGCCCUCAUGUUCCAGCUCUUCUGGAAGCCAUAGAUGAUGCUUACAGACGGGGGCAUUUUACCUAUAAACCUGUAGGCCCUUUAGGAGCUUGCAUUCAUCCUCGGGAUGCUGAGCUUGCUCUGGCUAUUGAAUCUUGCUUGAAAGGACUUCUGCAAGCCUAUUGUUGCCAUAAUCAUGCUGAUGAAAGAGUGCUUCAGGCACUGAUGAAAAGGUUUUACCCACCAGGGACCUCACGGCCACAGAUAAUAGUUUCUGAGUUUCGGAAUGAGGUGUAUGAUGUAAGACACAGAGCUGCUUAUCAUCCAGAGUUCCCAACAGUUCUGACAGCUUUAGAAAUAGAUAAUGCAGUUGUCACAAAUAGCCUAAUUGACAUGAGAAGCAUAGAGACAGUGCUGCUGAUCAAAAAUAAUUCUGUAGCUCGUGCAGUAAUGCAAUCCCAAAAGCCACCCAAGAAUUGUAGAGAAGCUUUUACUGCUGAUGGUGAUCAAGUUUUUGCAGGGCGUUAUUAUUCAUCUGAAUAUACAAGACCUAAGUUUCUCAGCAGAGAUGUGGAUUCUGAAAUAAGUGACUUGGAGAAUGAGGUUGAAAAUAAGAAAGCCCAGAUAUCAAAUCUUCAGCAACAUUUGUCUGCCCUUGAAAAGGAUAUUAAACACAAUGAAGAACUUCUUAGAAGGUGCCAACUACAUUAUAAAGAGUUAAAGAUGAAAAUAAGAAGAAGUAUUUCUGAAAUUCGGGAACUUGAGAAUAUAGAAGAACACCAGUCUGUAGAUAUUGCAACCUUGGAAGACGAAGCUCAAGAAAAUAAAAUCAAAAUGAAAAUGGUUGAGAAAAAUAUGGAACAACAGAAAGAGAAUAUGGAACAUUUUAAAAGUCUGAAAAUAGAAGCGGAAAACAAGUAUGAUGCAAUCAAACAGAAAAUUAAUCAGCUAUCAGAGCUAGCAGAUCCACUUAAGGAUGAAUUAAACCUUGCUGAUUCCGAAGUGGAUAACCAAAAACGAGGGAAACGGCAUUAUGAAGACAAGCAAAAAGAACACUUGGAUACUUUAAAUAAAAAGAAACGAGAAUUAGAUAUGAAAGAAAAAGAACUAGAGGAGAAAAUGUCACAAGCAAGACAAAUCUGCCCAGAGCGGAUAGAAGUAAAAAAAUCUGCAUCAAUUCUAGACAAAGAAAUUAAUAGAUUAAGACAAAAGAUACAAGCAGAACAUGCUAGUCAUGGAGAUCGAGAGGAAAUAAUGAGGCAAUAUCAAGAAGCGAGAGAAACCUAUCUUGAUCUGGAUAACAAAGUAAGGACUUUAAAAAGGUUUAUUAAAUUACUGGAAGAAAUAAUGACCCAUAGAUAUAAAACAUAUCAACAAUUUAGAAGGUGUUUGACUUUACGAUGCAAAUUGUACUUUGACAACUUAUUAUCUCAGCGGGCCUAUUGUGGAAAAAUGAAUUUUGACCACAAGAAUGAAACUCUUACCAUAUCUGUUCAGCCUGGAGAGGGAAACAAAGCCGCUUUCAACGACAUGAGGGCCUUAUCUGGCGGUGAACGUUCGUUUUCCACAGUUUGCUUCAUUCUUUCUCUGUGGUCCAUUGCUGAAUCUCCUUUCAGAUGCCUGGAUGAGUUUGAUGUCUACAUGGACAUGGUUAACCGGAGAAUCGCGAUGGACAUGAUACUCAAGAUGGCAGAUUCCCAGCGCUUCAGACAGUUUAUCCUGCUUACCCCUCAAAGCAUGAGUUCACUUCCAUCAAGUAAACUGAUUAGAAUCCUUCGAAUGUCGGAUCCUGAAAGAGGGCAGACUACGUUGCCUUUCCGACCUGUGUCUCAAGGGGAGGAAGAAGACCGGGCUUGAUGUGCUGUGGCCGACCACGCCGCA